AUGCGCAUGGACCGUCGGCACACUCUCGCUCUGCUCCUCUGCACGGCCUCGCUCCUAGUCCUCCUAGUCUCUCCUGCACUUGCGGCAAAACCUAAGAGGAAGAAGGUGUCUGUAGACGACGAGGAGGUCAUCAAAGCCCGCGACUUUGCUCUGGCAGAAAUUAUCAAGCUUUCUGACAGCUACAGGGAUAUGAAGAUCAAUAAAGUGAUCAGUGCAGAGACUGCAAGAUCGGCAUUUGCUGACGGGACCAACUACUUCCUCAAGAUGGAACUGGAAUGCACCAGUGUAUGCGCGGCGCCGCUUUCACCAGCCUCCACGUGUCGCAGGGGACACUACAAAGGAGUGAACGAAAUCAUUGUGUUUGAAAAGGAUGAUGGGCAUUACGAUGGGAUCGCAAUCGAUGAAUUUCCUCAGAUGGACGGUGAAUAUCAUCCUUGCACACCAAGCUACAAGGGCCCCGAAAAAUGUAACCCGGCAGAGCAUCGCACUCCGGAGCAGGCCGCACUCUUCCUGGACGACGAGGACGACAAGGCUAAGGACGAGCUGUGA